AUGGGAUUCGCACUGAGGAACAGCCUGCUGAAUACGGUAGAAUCAGGCAGCAACUUCUUCAAGAGACUCCUCUCUCUCCGCCUCAACACUAUCGCAGGCCUCGUCACCUUCGUCAGCCUGUACGCCCCGACACUCUUUGCCGCAACGCACACUAAGGAUGAGUUUGACGACAAGUUGGGAGCCAGCAACAGCAUUGACUGGGUCGAUUCCACAACAAAGUAUAUCUCUCUCUCUCUCUCUCUCUCUCUCUCUCUCUCUCUCUCUCUCGGCUCUUAUAUAUUCUAUUAUUCUUCGCUUUCCUCUUUCUUUCCUCUUUCUUUCUUUCUUUCUUUCUUUCUUUCUUUCUUUCUUUGUCUUUUCUAUUUUAUCUUAAUUUAUUUCCUCUUUAUUAUAAUUAUUCGUCCUCUUUUUCUUUCUCUUUCUUUCCCUUUUCCUCGAAGUUCUUUUUCCUUCUUUUUACGUCCACAUCAAGUUGAAACACCGUAUUUUCUUCGCUCAUUCUUUCUUCGUUAUUUUCUCUUUCUUUUUCGUCUUCCUUUUUUCCUUUUUUUUUUCUUUCUUUUCCCCUGUUUCUUUUUAAUUCUAGAUCAUUUUGUUUUAUUUUCGAUCUUCACUUUCUUCCUUAUUCCGUCUUUUUUGUUUUCUUUUCUUUACUGCCACCUUUUAAACCCUUUUCUUCAUCUUCCUUUUUUUCUUACUUUUUCUUUCUUUUCCCCCUUUUUUAUUUUUCAUUCUAGAUCUUUUUUUUUUUUUUCAUCUUCACUUUUUUCCUCCCUUCUGUCUUUUUUGUUCUGUCUCAUUUACUUCUAUCUUUUAAAAAUCCUUUUCUUCCUGUUCUUUUUUUCAUUAUAUCUCAUUUACUUUGCACAUUCCCUUCUAUUUUCUUCAUUCUCUUCCUAUCCUGCUUUAAAUUUUCCUCCUUUUUCUUCUCUCUAUAUCAUCUACAUUCAUUUUCAUUCUUCCUCUUUUUUCGACACCAUUUCCUUCUUCUCAUCGGAAGCUGAAUCGAAAUAUAUCUUUCCAUUCUGUCUUCAUUUUUACCCCUUUCUGUUUUUUUUGCCUCCCACUACUACAAAAUUUCCUUUCUUUCUUUCUUUCUUUCUUUCUUUCUUUCUUUAA